AUGGCCGCGGCCACCUCUAACCCCUACCUCCCCGGCAACGGCAUCCUGGCGGCCGGCUCCAUCGUCCACGCGGACUCAGGCGGCGGCGGCGGCGGCGGAGGCGGUGGCAUGCAGCCGGGCAGCGUGGCCGUUACCUCGGUGGCGGGAGGCUACCGCGGCGACCCGGCGGCCAAGAUGGUCCAGAGCGACUUCAUGCCAGGCGCCAUGGCCGCCAGCAACGGCGGCCAUAUGCUGAGCCAUGCCCACCAGUGGGUGACAGCCCUGCCCCACGCCGCCGCCGCUGCCGCCGCCGCCGCCGCAGCCGCCGCCGAAGCGGGCUCGCCCUGGUCCGGCAGCCCCGUGGGCAUGACGGGCAGCCCCCAGCAGCCGCCGCCGCCGCCCGACGUCAAGGGCAGCGGCGGGCGCGACGACCUGCACUCGGGCGCGGCGCUGCACCACCGACCGCCCCACCUGGGCCCCCCGCACCAGGGGCACCCGGCGGCCUGGGGGGCGGCGGCGGCCGCCCACCUGCCCUCAAUGGCCGGCGGGCAGCAGCAGCAGCAGUCGCUCCUCUACUCGCAGCCCGGGGGCUUCACGGUGAACGGCAUGCUGAGCCCCCCCCCCGGCGGGCAGAGCCUGGUGCACCCGGGGCUGGUGCGCGGCGAAACGCCGGAGCUAGGCGAGCACCCCGGGCACCAUCACCACCACCACCACCAGCACCCCGGGCACCAUCCGCCGCACCACGGCGGUGUUAAUAGCCACGACCCGCACUCGGACGAGGACACGCCGACCUCCGAUGACCUGGAGCAGUUCGCCAAGCAGUUCAAACAGCGGCGGAUUAAACUGGGCUUCACCCAGGCCGACGUAGGGCUGGCGCUGGGCACCCUCUACGGCAACGUCUUCUCGCAGACCACCAUCUGCCGUUUCGAGGCCCUGCAGCUUAGCUUCAAGAACAUGUGCAAGCUGAAGCCUUUGUUGAACAAGUGGCUGGAGGAAGCCGACUCCUCCACGGGCAGCCCCACCAGCAUCGACAAGAUCGCCGCCCAGGGCAGGAAGAGAAAGAAGCGGACCUCCAUCGAGGUGAGUGUCAAGGGGGCCUUGGAGAGCCACUUUCUGAAAUGCCCCAAGCCCUCCGCCCAGGAGAUUACGAACCUAGCGGACAGCCUGCAGCUGGAGAAGGAGGUGGUCAGGGUUUGGUUUUGCAAUCGGAGGCAGAAAGAGAAACGGAUGACCCCCCCGGGGAUCCAGCAGCAGACCCCCGACGAUGUCUACUCCCAGGUCGGCACCGUCAACUCCGACACACCGCCCCCUCACCACGGACUGCAGACCAGCGUGCAGUGA